AUGUCACUCCCCUCACUCACAUUUGCAUGUAACAGAAAGUCUCAGCACGUUGCCAUCCUCUCCUCUCUUUCUGUCCAAAAUCGUCACGCCCAUAAACCCCGCACCAUGUCAGCCGAGAAAGUUCCCGACACCCCAGUGGAAGUCCUCGUGGAUCUCCUAACAAAAGCCAAGGAGUUCGCCGCAGCGAGUAGCAAUGUGCCAGGCAAGUUGACAAGUCAGCUGCAGAAGGCUCUGGACAUCGCCAGCGGCCUGGACGACUACCUGGAGAAAAUGACCACACAGGAAAGUGAACCUCUGGCAGAGCUGUAUAAAAAAACAGUUUCCCAUGACUGGGAUCAAGUGCACAAGGAGGGCAAAACUAUGUUCCGGCUUCCCAAAGAGUGCAUCACCGGACACGUUGAAGGUCAGACCCUGAAGAUGCUGAUCCACAUGAGUCAAGCUAAGAGGGUUCUAGAGAUCGGGAUGUUCACCGGCUACGGGGCGUUGUCCAUGGCCGAGGGGCUUCCAGAGGACGGCUGCUUAGUCGCCUGCGAGCUAGAGCCGUACCUCAAAGACUUUGCUCAGCCCAUUUUUGACAAGUCUCCACAUGGCAAGAAGAUUACUGUCAAGACCGGGUCCGCCAUGGACACCCUGAAGGAAUUGGCUGCUGCAGGUGAGCAGUUUGACAUGGUCUUCAUCGAUGCUGACAAGGACAACUACAUCAACUACUACAACUUUAUUCUGGACAACAGUCUGCUGAGAAUGCGAGGGGUCAUAUGUGUGGAUAACUCACUGUUCAAAGCCAAGGUUUACCUUAAAGACACCACAGACAGCAACGGACUGGCGCUCAGAAAAUUCAACCAGUUUGUCUGCGAUGAUCCACGCGUGGAGCAGGUCAUUAUCCCUCUUAGAGAUGGCAUCAGUGUUAUCCGCCAGGUACCUGUGGCCUCCGAGUGCUCAGGGACACAGAGUAAAAUAACAGACGACGAGGUUUUCCGCGGAGUCAAUGGGCGCCCCAUCCUCGAUCGGAUGCGUCUUGACGGAAAGGUGGCCUACGUGACGGGUGCCGGGCAGGGCAUCGGGCGAGCGUUUGCUCACGCACUGGGCGAGGCCGGUGCCAAUGUGGCCGUGGUAGACCUGGACCAAGAUAAAGCUGAGGCAGUGGCUCGAGAGCUCUCCCUUAAAGGCAUCAACGCCAUGUCGAUCACAGCGGACAUCAGUAAAUCCGAUGAUGUCCAGAGGAUGAUUGACGACAUCGUCUCCAAAUGGGGGGCGAUCCACAUCGCCUGCAACAACGCCGGCAUCAACAUGAACUCAUCCAGCGAAGACACCAGUCUGGAGGAGUGGGACCAGACCUUCAACGUCAACCUGAGGGGGACGUUCAUUUGCUGUCAGGCAGCAGGUCGAGUGAUGUUGAAGCAAGGAUACGGCAAGAUUAUCAACACAGCCUCCAUGGCCAGUCUAAUAGUCCCUCAUCCCCAGAAGCAGCUUUCCUACAACACGUCCAAGGCCGGAGUGGUCAAACUGACUCAGACUCUGGGCACCGAAUGGAUCGACAGAGGAGUGUGUGUCAACUGCAUCUCACCGGGGAUUGUUGACACCCCUCUCAUCCACUCGGAGAGUCUGAGGCCUCUGGUGCAGCGCUGGCUGUCAGAUAUCCCUGCUGGUAGACUGGCUCAAGUGACAGACCUGCAAGCUGCAGUGGUCUACUUGGCAUCUGACGCCUCCGACUACAUGACAGGGCAUAACUUAGUCAUAGAGGGUGGGCAAAGUCUGUGGUAGAAGGGCUAGAUGAAGAGAUGAAAACUUUUUUUUUUCUCUCUCUCUCUCUCUCUCUCUCUCUGUCUUCACUCUCCUGGGAGAGGUGGCAUUCACACGAUCUCCUUCUGACACAUUCCCAGUAGUAUUAGUUAAAAUCUAACCGGGUGUUUAACUUUCUAGUGAGUUCACAUCUGUUUUCUAGUGUGAUGAGAUAACUGGCAGCUUUUUAGUCCUCUUGUGUGUCCUGUAUAGGUUCAGUUUGCUGUCACGUGUGUUACGACUGUGGCACGCUGGACUUUUUAGAGGAUGAAAAACACUGUAUCAUGAUAAAUACAAGAUAAAUAAAAAGAGGUAUAACAGCUGCCAGUCUUCUUGUCACACUGUGGAAAUGUGCUGCUAACAUGUCUGAGAAAAUCUCUGUGAAGUCCCUAGAAAGAGAAGCACAAAUGCGUCACAAUCUCUGCUGUAUGUUCUCUUGAUUAUUUUAUACAACAAAUGCUGUUUAAACCAGGAUUAUUAUAGUAAACUAAAACAAAAAUAAGUAGUGAAAAUCAUUUUUUUGUAAAUUGAAACUAAAUAAUAACCAUAUCCUUUAAGAAAAACUAAACUGAAACGAUAUGUCCUUGUUAAAAAAAAUUAAUAAAAAUGAACUUUAAUUCAUUUUGGUCUUUUACCUAUAAUAUAUCACUACCGAAAAAAAAAUCCCUGAUAGCAUGAAUUUCCAUCAAGUCUCGUGACAUUGAACCACAGAAAUUGAACAGACUUGACAUUCCAGUAGAUGGCGCUAUCUAUGCCGCAGUUGCUCCACUAAAGUAGCGCAAAUAUACAAUAUACAUAUAGCUACAUACUUCUGAGACAUUAUACCUGGCUCUACCAAAAACAAACGAAAAAUAAAUAAAUAAAAAAUAAAAAUAAAUAUAUAAAAACUAAACCUCUCUAAAAAAAAUUUAACUAGCAAACACACUCUGAAAACUAACUAAAACUAAACUAAAAUCAAAACUAAUUGAAAAGUCAAAACUAUUAUAACCUUGGUUUAAACACACAACACUUUUGAUUAAUUUGACUGUUAGUGUCGUCUUAAAUAUCACUUUGUUGAGUUUAUUUUUCAAUCUCUGUCUCAUACAGAUGCAUUUCAAAGUACUGUACGUGAUAAUUAAAGAAAUGGCUGUUUUGUAUUGUGAUAAAUAAAGUGACGGCUUCUUUGCACAAGUACAUGAA